AAAGCGCCAAAAAAGAACUUGGAAAACUGGGAUUUGGUUAGCCGUGCUGUUGUGGCGCCGUGCUCUAGACAUUUUCCGGCUCCGCUGUGCGGCCUCGGUGGAGAAGCUGAGGUCCCCAAGCCGCUGCUACAGACGAGCUUCGAUCCCGCGCGGGGACGUCAGGAGAGCUGAGGGUGAAGAGUCUGCGGGGCUUGGGCAGGGACACCUGUGGAGCUCGGACCGCGGAGUCUCCUCUCCGCCCCGUCGUGCUUCCCCCCGAGAGGAAGGGAGAACCAGCCCAGCCAUGAACUAAGAGAGUUUUGGGACCUCCAUCUUUUGCAAGAGCACUGUUUCUCCUACAGUUUUGAUGAGGACUUCCUAAUCUCUAUCUUUUAAAAGACAUGAAUGGAGAGUACAGAGGCAGAGGAUUUGGACGGGGAAGAUUUCAAAGCUGGAAAAGAGGAAGAGGUGGUGGGAGCUUCUUAGGAAAAUGGAGAGAACUAAAGCACAGACCUGACCUGAAUAAAGCCACAGGAAAACAUCCUGAACAAACCCCACAGUCUUUGCUACUACAAUCAACGUUGGAUCAAUUCAUACCAUAUAAAGGCUGGAAGCUUUAUUUGUCAGAAGUUUACAGCGACAGCUCUCCUUUUAUUGAGAAGAUUCAAGCAUUUGAAAAUUUUUUUGCAAGGCGUAUCGAUUUAUACGAUAAGGAUGAAAUAGAAAGAAAGGGAAGUAUUUUGGUGGAUUUUAAAGAACUGACAAAAGAUGACGAAAUAGCUAAAUUGAUACCAAAUAUAGCAAAUGAAUUAAGGGAUACACCUGACAAAACCCUGGCUUGCAUGGGUCUGGCAAUACAUCAGGUGUUAACUAAGGAUCUUGAAAGGCAUGCAGCUGAGUUACAAGCCCAAGAAGGAUUGUCUAGAAAUGGGGAGACAUUGGUAAAUGUGCCACACAUUCAUACAAGGGUAUACAACUAUGAGCCCUUAACACAGCUCAAGAAUGUCCGAGCAAAUUACUAUGGAAAAUACAUUGCUCUGAGAGGGACAGUGGUUCGCGUCAGUAAUAUAAAGCCUCUCUGUACCAAGAUGGCUUUUCUUUGUGCUGCGUGUGGAGAAAUUCAGAGUUUUUCUCUUCCAGAUGGAAAAUAUAAUCUUCCCACAAAGUGUCCUGUGCCUGCAUGUCGAGGGAAGUCAUUUACUGCACUCCGAAGCUCUCCUCUCACAGUUACGAUGGACUGGCAGUCAAUCAAAAUCCAGGAGUCGAUGUCUGAUGAUCAGCGAGAAGCAGGUCGGAUUCCACGAACAAUAGAAUGUGAGCUUGUUCACGAUCUUGUGGAUAGCUGUGUCCCAGGAGACACAGUGACUAUCACUGGAGUUGUCAAAGUCUCAAAUGCUGAGGAAGGUUCUCGAAAUAAGAAUGACAAAUGCAUGUUCCUUUUGUACAUUGAAGCAAAUUCUGUUAGCAACAGCAAAGGACAGAAAACUAAGCCUUCCGAGGAUGAGUAUAAGCAUGGAACAUUGAUGGAGUUCUCACUUAAGGACCUUUAUGCCAUCCAGGAGAUUCAAUCUGAAGAAAACCUGUUUAAACUCAUUGUCAACUCGCUUUGCCCUGUCAUUUUUGGUCAUGAACUUGUUAAAGCAGGUUUGGCGUUAGCACUCUUUGGAGGAAGCCAGAAAUAUGUAGAUGACAAAAACAGAAUUCCAAUUCGAGGAGACCCACAUGUCCUUGUUGUUGGAGACCCAGGCUUGGGAAAGAGUCAGAUGCUACAGGCAGUGUGCAAUGUUGCUCCACGUGGCGUGUAUGUUUGUGGUAAUACCACAACCACCUCUGGUUUGACUGUAACUCUUUCAAAAGAUAGUUCCUCUGGAGAUUUUGCUUUGGAAGCUGGUGCCCUGGUACUUGGUGAUCAAGGUAUCUGUGGAAUAGAUGAAUUUGAUAAGAUGGGGAAUCAACAUCAAGCCUUGUUAGAAGCCAUGGAACAGCAAUGUAUUAGUCUCGCUAAGGCUGGCGUAGUUUGCAGCCUUCCUGCAAGAACUUCCAUUAUUGCUGCUGCCAAUCCAGUAGGAGGACACUACAAUAAAGCUAAAACAGUUUCUGAGAAUUUAAAAAUGGGGAGUGCCCUACUAUCCAGAUUUGAUUUAGUCUUUAUCCUGUUAGACACCCCAAAUGAGGAUCAUGAUCAUUUACUCUCUGAACAUGUGAUUGCAAUAAGGGCUGGAAAGCAGAGAGCUGUUAGCAGUGCCACAGUAGCUCGUAUGAAUAGUCAAGAUUCAAAUACUUCUAUACUUGAAGUGGUUUCUGAUAAACCACUAUCAGAAAGACUAAAGGUGGUUCCUGGAGAAACAAUAGAUCCAAUUCCCCACCAGCUAUUGAGAAAGUACAUUGGUUAUGCUCGGCAGUAUGUCUCUCCAAGGCUAUCCACAGAAGCUACUCAAAUUCUUCAGGAUUUUUACCUUGAGCUCCGGAAACAGAGCCAGCGGUUAAAUAGCUCACCAAUCACUACUAGGCAGCUGGAAUCUUUGAUUCGUCUAACAGAGGCACGAGCAAGGUUGGAAUUGAGAGAGGAAGCAACCAAAGAAGAUGCUGAGGACAUAGUUGAAAUUAUGAAAUAUAGCAUGUUAGGAACUUACUCUGAUGAAUUUGGGAACCUAGAUUUUGAACGAUCCCAGCAUGGUUCUGGAAUGAGCAACAGGUCAACAGCAAAAAGAUUUAUUUCCGCUCUCAACAACAUUGCUGAAAGAACUUACAAUAAUUUAUUUCAAUUUCAUCAACUUCGGCAGAUUGCCAAAGAGCUAAACAUUCAGAAGAUGUUGGGGGGCUUCCCUGGUGGCGCAGUGGUUGAGGGUCCGCCUGCUGAUGCAGGGGACACGGAUUCCUGCCCCGGUCCGGGAAGAUCCCACAUGCCACGGAGCGGCUGGGCCCGUGAGCCAUGGCCGCUGAGCCUGCGCGUCUGGAGCCUGUGCUCCGCAACAGGAGAGGCCACAACAGUGAGAGGCCCGCGUACCGCAAAAAAAAAAAAAAGAUGAUGUUGGGGGUAGGAGUUUAUUAAUUAAUUAAUUUAUUUUUGCUGUGUUGGGUCUUCGUUUCUGUGCGAGGGCUUUCUCUAGUUGUGGCAAGCCAGGGCCACUCUUCAUCGCGGUGCGCGGGCCUCUCACUAUCGCGGCCUCUAUU